AGGGAGAGAGAGAGAGCUCAUGAGGACGAGAGUAAGGUUCCGUCCCUCGCUAAGAUGCGCCGGGUGCGUCGUCACUUAUAAGGAAAGGAGCCGUAUUCAUGGCAGGGUCUGCGUGAAAGGUUCUCUCUCUCUCUCUCUCUCUCUCUCUCUCUCUCUCUGCUUCUGCUGUCUUCUUUCUUCUUGAAUGACGCUCCAAUCGAAGAAAUGAAGAGAUGGGUGGUGGAUUUGAGCUGCAUUCAAUUUUCCCGCGUCACUGAAAAGGAAUGAGACUUUUGUAAUCAGCUGUCUGAUUUUUUAAGGAGUAGAGCCAGCGAUGAAUACCAGAGUCCGGACGACGUUGCAGACCAUGAAAGCUCCUUUGGAACUUGAAAAAGAGAAGGAGAAGAAGAAGGAGAAGAUGGAGAUGCAGGGGAAUAGACUAAUGGAAUCCAAGAAGGGGAAGAAUCAAUGCUGCUCGAGAAGAGAGAGAAAAAUGGCUCUACAGCAAGAUGUAGAUAAGCUGAAGAAGAAACUUAGACAUGAGGAGAAUGUUCAUCGAGCAUUGGAGAGAGCUUUCACUAGACCUUUGGGAGCUCUGCCUCGUCUUCCUCCUUAUCUUCCUUCAUAUACGUUAGAACUCCUCGCAGAAGUAGCUGUUUUGGAAGAGGAGGUCGUUCGUCUCGAAGAACUGGUCGUUAAUUUCAGACAAGGCCUCUACCAGGAAGCUGUUCACAUCUCAUCAUCGAAGAAGAACAUAGAAAAUGCAAUCGAUUUCUGUGAUCAGAAUUCGUGUAAAAAUUUGAAGCCCGAGCAACCCAAACCUUCAUACCAAGACAUCAGUGAAAGCCUCACAUCGAGGCCUCUACCUUCCACGAUUGAUAAUCAUUCAGUUUCGAAGCAAUUGUCUUCGGAUGUUGUUUCUGAUCGAAUUGGGCAUUGCUCUACUCGGCCUAUGAAUGGAAAACAACCACCAAGGAAACUCCAUUCCUGCUCUGCUCUUUCUGAAGAUGGGCGUGGAAAAGAGAAUAAGUUGCAUGCCAAUUCUACAAAGAACGGUAAGCAAUUGUCACCACUGAAAGCCUCAAGAAUCAGGACCUCUGUGAAGAGACCGCUUGUCCAACCCAAAUCUGUGGAAAAGCCUUCAGAUCCUCUGAAAUUACAGCUAGAAUGCAGAGUAGAAAAAGAAAGACCAGAAGAGAGCUCUCCUGCUAUUACUAGUGAAACAGCAUCAGAAGGAAAGACCAAUGAUCCAAACAAAGUCUCAGAGGUUUUAUUGAAGUGUCUAUCAAGCAUCUUUUUUAGGAUGAGCACGCCGAAAACUACAGGAAUGGAAUUUGAUAUGCUGACGUCCAUUUCAGAGUUGUCUUCUUGUGAAUGCUCUGUUGAGACAGAAUUUUUAGAUCCUUACGGUAUCUGUUCUGAAUUUGGAAGAAGAGAUAUCGGCCCAUAUAAGCAUUUGAUAAUGAUUCAAGCAAGCUCGACUGAUCCAAACAGGGUUACGAAUACCUCAUUUUUGGUCCGGAGACUGAAGCUUCUCCUUGAAAAGCUCUCUUCGGUGGACUUACGGGGGCUUACCCAUCAGCAGAAGCUUGCAUUCUGGAUCAACAUCUAUAAUUCUUGCAUGAUGACUGCAUUUCUAGAGCAUGGGAUACCCGGAAGUCCUCAAACAGUCGCUGCACUGAUGCAAAAGGCAAUGAUAAAUGUAGGCGGAUAUGUGCUGAAUGCAAUGACGAUCGAGCAUUUCAUCUUGAGACUGCCAUAUCAAUCGAAAUGUGCUUAUACAAAAUGUGUGAAAAUUGAUGAGGUGACAAUGCGGCGUAUCUUCGGAUUGGAUUGGCCAGAACCAUUGGUCACAUUUGCUCUCUCAUGUGGAAGUUGGUCCUCCCCCGCUGUACGUGUAUACACGGCAUCACAAGUUGAGAUGGAGCUGCAAGCGGCGAAGAGGGAUUACUUACAGGCAGCAGUAGGCAUUUCCACAACGAAGUUGGCAAUACCCAAGUUGUUGGAUUGGUAUCUACUGGAUUUUGCAAAGGAUAUAGAGUCCUUGCUGGACUGGGUCUGCCUACAAUUACCGAGUGAGCUGAGGAAGGAAGCUAUCAAGUGCCUUGAAAUAUGGCGGCAGGACACUGUCCUGCAAUAUCUAACAGUAAUUCCAUAUGAUUUCAAUUUCAGGUAUCUCUUAGCCCCAUAGAAGCCUCUAAAGGGGUCUGUACAUAGCAAUAAUAAACACAAUAAAAGUAUUUAUAAUUUUAUUGAUUUGUAUGAUCUCAA